UCCCCCCUCCCUCCUGCUUCACACAACGGCCGCUGUCCGUCGUUCCAACCGCUUUUCUUCGUUCCGUUCAAAAACCACCACCAGUCUCGUCGCCACCAUAAACCCGUUUUGGAACCAGGAGGAGGCGAGCCGGCGCCUGGGUAGAUGUGAGCCCAAGGUAAUGGCCAGGUUGGUGGACACAGGCACGCAAACAGAUCCAGUGGUCGUGCUGUCCUUGGCCCAGGCUGCCGUGCUAGGUCUCAUCUCCCAGAAUGAAGUCUUCGGCGCAACCAUCGCACCCAACGGCUUCUACACCGGCGAGCCCAAAGAGUCGCCGGCGCCACCGGUAGACGGCGUGGACUACGAGUACGCGGACCAGCUCAUCGGCGCCAACGGAGAUUACCUCGGGGACAACUUGGCGGAGGAGGGACAGAUGCAACCUAGCUGCAGUCAGAGACGGUGGCAGCAGGGGCCACCUCAGCACCCUGAUGUGAAAAUGGUGCUCCCCGAUCGCCACACCCUCCAAGGUGUUGACGGGACCGUUCCUCACAUAAAAGGAGAAGUGGUGAACUCUGUCAUGCCCUCAUGCGUCCACAUGCUUAACAAUAUGGCUCCCAGGGGGGGGUUGGUUCAAGUGGACCCGGCCACCUUGAGAGGAACCAACAAGAACUGUUCCGAGUGCGAGCGGGAGGCGUCCAACCAGCAGCAAGCGGGCGCCCACGUGCACCCUCCUCCUGCUCCUCCUCCUCCUGCCCAAGUGGCCCACCGAGGGGCGGAGCACAGAGGACUGCAGGGCCAGCGCCCCUUGGGAGGCCACGCUGGAGGCGUCCGUGAGGGUGAGGAGGAGGUAGAUCAUCAGGGCAACAACAUGAUGAAGCCUAACCAGCAAGAUGAAGCCAUCAGCAGCUACUUCCAGACAAGCGAAGUGGGCAGCUACGACUCGGGGGAAAUGUCCAUGCCGAGCGAAUACGAAGACGGCGGCCAAAAUAUGAUGUGGACGGACGGGGGCGGCGGCGGAGGGGGGCAGCACCAGCAACCCCAGCCUCCGCAGCCCCCCCGGCGACACGGCGGGCGCAGAGUGGACCGCCUGGACAUCAACAUCCAGAUCGACGAGUCGUACUGCGUGGACGUGGGCGACGGCCUGAAGCGCUGGAAGUGCCGCAUGUGCGACAAGUCGUACACGUCCAAGUACAAUCUGGUCACGCACAUCUUGGGCCACAACGGCAUCAAGCCGCACGCGUGCCCCCACUGCGGCAAGCUCUUCAAGCAGCCCAGCCACCUCCAGACUCACCUGCUGACCCACCAGGGCACACGGCCUCACAAGUGCACCGUGUGCAAAAAGGGCUUCACGCAGACCAGCCACCUGAAGCGCCACAUGCUGCAGCACACCGACGUCAAGCCGUACAGCUGCCGCUUCUGCCGCCGCGGCUUCGCCUACCCCAGCGAGCUGCGGGCGCACGAGGUCAAGCACGAGCGCGGCCGUUGCCACGUGUGCUCGCAGUGCGGCCUGGAGUUCCCCACCUACGCCCACCUCAAGCGCCACCAGACGAGCCACCAGGGACCCCACACCUUCCAGUGCACGGAGUGCAACAAAUCCUUUGCCUACCGCAGUCAGCUCCAGAACCACUUGUUGAAGCACCAGAGUCCCAGACCCUACACCUGCUCCCAAUGUGGCUUGGAGUUUAUGCAGCUGCACCACCUCCGCCAGCACUCGCUCACACAUAAGGGCAUGAAAGGGCACAAGUGUGAAGUGUGCUCACGAGAGUUCACACUGUCAGCCAACCUGAAGAGACACAUGCUGAUCCACAACAGCGUGAGGCCCUUCCAAUGUCACGUGUGCUUCAAGAGCUUCAUCCAGAAGCAAACGCUCAAGACCCACAUGAUCGUCCACCUGCCCGUCAAACCCUUUAAAUGCAAGGUGUGUGGCAAGUCUUUCAACAGAAUGUACAACCUGCUGGGCCACAUGCAUCUGCACGCUGGCAGUAAACCCUUCAAGUGUCCCUACUGCACCAGCAAAUUCAAUCUGAAGGGCAACUUAAGCAGGCACAUGAAAGUCAAGCACGGCAUGGAUGUGUCACCCGAAGGACAAGUACUUCCUGAAAUGGAGAGCCAGGCGGAGUACGAAGGGCAAAACUUCAACUUCCCGUCCGGGGACAACAUGGAAAAUAACGGCUCGCAAAACCUCACCAAGCUGACUACAGCCAACAUGGACGACAUGGAGGAGUACUACAACUUCGGCAAGGACACCAGCACCUACACCACACCCUGAGUGGACAAACGAGUGUGUGUGUGUGUGUGUGUGUGUGUGUAUUUUGCCCAGAGGGAAGGUUUAACAACUGACAUUGAGCUGCUCAUUUUUGGGACACCACUGACUCGAACCUUAUAUGUUGUGUGUGGAUUUGUUACAAAAAAUGCAAAAAGAAAAAAAGUUCCAUAUUCAUCAAUAACAUUCGAUGUGAGUCAUGCACAAGCAACCCUUAUUGUCUGAACUGAAAACGACAAUGUACUCGCGCUAUAUAGUCUAUUUAAACACCAUCUUUAAUACAUCCUCAACUCUUAUUAGGUUUGAACGCACUUACUCAACAUGACAGUUCUAAUGUGCACGUCUGUAGACUCAUUUCUGCCUCAACUUGCAAGAAUUCUUGGUAUUUGGAAUCGCUUCAGAUAUGGUCAGCACAUCACAAAGGUUACCUGGACUUCUCGAAAGUAUUAGUCAUUGUAGUCGCUACCGAAAAAAAGAAUAGUUCUUGUGCUCCUUCCUCUGUUUAAAUUCCUACUGUCUAAAUCUUUCAUUUUAGUACAUUUUUUCCCUUUUUUUUGUCCACCCUUCAUAGUUUUGAGAGCUCCAGGAAUGUUUGUGGUGAAAGGACUGAAGUAGUAUCAGCACCUUGUUUCCCUCAUCUACACCAAUCAGCAGGUUUUCACCCCAAUAAGUUAAUAUGCAGUUUAGAAUGAUCUAACCUAUUUUUUCUUAACCUUUUGAAUAAUUGAGCAAACGUCACAUGAAGAUUUUGUUAAGGAAGUUUUUUUUUUUUUUUUGAGUGGUUUAAAGAAGGUGGUAGUCAUUGGGUUGGAGGAAACAAGAUUGUAAAAAGCUCUGUCAAUAUGAUUUCCGUUACUGUAAACUUGAGACAAACUGUGGUUCGAAGCCAUUCCGGGAGGCUUGUUUUCUGAAGAACUUGUUUUCAUUUGACUUUCUAUUCGGUUUGGUCAAAAACGUUUGAAAAGCUCCCGAAGUGUGGCUUGUGUACAUGUUCAAAAGAAAUGUGGGUUAAAAGUGGACUGAGACUAGUUCUGCUUCUAUUGACAAUUUUGUUGCUUCCCCUGUCCUGCCAUGCAGGUCAGUCAACUUCGAUAUGCACACAAAACCAUCGCAACAGUCGACCAAGUCAGUGUUUCCCAACCCCUGCUGAGCCGAGGCACACGUUUCACAUUCAAAAAAUUAUUUUUUACCCAGUGGGAGCUUUAUUGUACCUUAGGCUAUUAAAUAGAAGAGCGAGUCAUUGUUCCUCCUGUAACUGGCCUAAUUGAUAUAUUUGUAAUUAAUACAUCAUAUCCUGACAUAUUAAUUGGAAUUUAAUCAUUUACUGCAGCUCCCGUGAACUAUUGAGGCACAAUAGUGUGCCACGGCGGCACCCCGGUUGGGAAUCACUGGACUAGUUGAUGAGGACUUCAAAUAUCAUGGGAACUGACUUAUGAAUUAUUUAAUUAAAAAAAUCUCUAGUUUAAA